AUGCAGCGACGAGUGGAAGAAGACGAGGACUAUGAAGAGGAAGAGGAUGUGCCGCUUCAACAUCGACGACCCUUUGGCGCGGGAAUCAGCCGCAAGCCCAUCCAGUUCGUCAAGGCGUCAGAUCCAAACCUGAGCAUUACACAGGCGGCCAAUAAAACAAAAAGCGGCGCUUCCGUUGGCGACUUUUACCUUGGCCUGGUGCUCGGCGACAAGAAACAAGCGGAAGCCGAAAAGCCUUCGCCAGCAGCAGGGCAAGUAUGCGCCGUAUGCGAGUUGCCCGUGGACAAAGGCGACGCCGUGGGAGAGGUCGACAGCAAUGGCAAUAAUAAGCAGUCCGCGACAAGUGGACAAAAGCACGAGUCUUCGAUUGCUCACCAAGUCUGCCUCACACACUCACAUCCCCCAUCAGCACUAGAUCGGUCGCGCAUGGGCUUGACAUAUCUUUCAUCCCAUGGCUGGGACCCUGAUUCACGGAAGGGUCUCGGUGCCGAAGAGCAAGGCAUGCAAUAUCCCUUAAAGACUCGACCAAAGGAGGAUAAAUACGGGCUGGGGCUCAAAAUCCCAAAAGGGAUCCAGGGCAAGAUUGAAAAGAAGAAGAAGCCGCAGAUGCUGGACGCCAAGCAGUGCAGGAAGAAGGCUGACGAAGACAAGAGAAAGGCUGAGAGGUUGCGAGAGAUGUUUUACGCCAGCGAGGAUAUUGACAAGUACCUGGGGACUGGUUUAUAA